CAACUAUAUUUAUUUAGAACUCAUUUUUCAACUGUUUUUAUUUUAACUGCCUUUCGCUUGAAUGGAAAUGAGAGAAAAUGACUGCUGGUUCAAUAUGUGUCCCUCAGAUUAUACCACUGCGAGUUCCACAGCCUGGAAAAGCUAACCAUGAAAUUGAUAACAAUACACUUUUAGAAAUGAAAUCAGAUACCCCAGAUGUCAACAUAUAUUAUACUCUGGAUGGCAGCAAACCUGAAUUUCUAAAGAGAAUUGGUUAUGGUGAAAAUAAUACCUUUAAGUAUACAAAACCUAUUACUCUGCCUGAUGGAAAAAUACAAGUUAAAGCUAUUGCAGUCUCUAAAGACAGUAGACAGAGUGGGAUUGUAACAAAGGUGUUUCAGGUAGACUAUGAACCACCAAAUACAGUCUCUUCUGAAGACAAUGUUGAAAAUGUUCUCAAAGUUUCUUCAAAGCAGGAAUUAAAAAAUGGACUUGUUGGAUUGAAACUAAGGAAGAAAUAUAAAAAAGCUGAAAAUAAACCUAGUUGGAAUGUUAACCUUAGAAAGUUUCCAGACCUUGAUGUAGGUGAAAGAACUGACCCUAAAACUUUGAAAGACCUUCGCUUCUCAGAGAGUCCACUGGAAAUUCCAGCUUACCGUGAAGGAACAAGUUCUAGACCACCUACCCGCCAGUCUCAGUCCCCUGGUUUUGCACGUAUAACUGGCCAAAAGAGUUUAACAAGCACAGAGAUCACGAGAAUUCAAAGGGAGACAGACUUCCUCAAGUGUGCCCACUGCCUUGCCCGCCGCCCAUCUGAUCCCUUUGCUCGCUUCUGUCAAGAAUGUGGCUCUCCUGUCCCACCUAUACUUGGCUGUCGUCUCCCACCCCCGGAAGGAGCUCAGAUGGGCUUGUGUGCAGAAUGUGGAAGCAUGGUACCCAUGAACACUCCCAUCUGUGUGGUGUGUGAGGCUCCUCUCGCUCCACAGCUGCAGCCGCAGGCCAGCCUCCACUUGAAGGAGAAAGUAAUCUGCCAGGCCUGUGGCACGGGGAAUCCUGCUCACUUGAGAUACUGUGUCACCUGUGAGGGGGUCCUGCCUCCAUCACAAGAGUCAAUGCAUGGUGGAGAUAAAGCCCCUCCCCUGCCCAUUCAGAAAGGGGAGAACAUUUCCUGCUGUCAGUGUGGUCGCCAGAAUCUCGGGGAGAUGUCCUUCUGCGACUGGUGUGGAGCCACGCUUGGCAUUCCUGCUGGCUACUCUGUUUGCCCUAAAUGUGGGGCAAGCAAUCACCUAUCUGCCCGAUUCUGUGGCUCCUGUGGUAUUUAUGUGAAGUCCUUGGCAAGACUUAGCUUGGACAGCACCCUGGCUGCUUUUGCUGGGGAUCCUCGCCCUUUUUCUGAGUGCCGAUCUGCCUGGCAGUCCUUAAGUGCUUCUUUGCCCAAAUCUGAUGCUGGGACUAAGAAGGACAUAGGCACACAGACCGUUGGCCUGUUCUUCCCAUCCGGCAAGCUGCUAGCAAAAAAGAAACUGGAAAUGGCUUCUCAAGAGCAGAGGCAGGAGAAAAUGAGUGACCACAAACCUCUCCUCACAGCCAUCAGCCCAGGAAGAGGAUAUUGGAGAAAACAAUUGGAUCACAUCUCUGCUCACCUCAGGUCUUAUGCUCAGAACAACCCUGAAUUCCGGGCCUUGAUUGCAGAGCCCAGGAUGGGAAAGCUUAUCUCAGCUACUGUCCAGGAAGAUGGCUGUGAAGUUAGCAUCAGACUGAAUUAUAUUCAAGUCUCAAACAAGAACCUUUACCUCAACAAGGCGGUGGAUUUCAGCAAGCACUUUCUGAGCGGCGUCACCGAGGGUGGUAAUGGCCUGUUCAGCAGCAGGUCCAGCUUGGUGAGUGACUGCAGCCAGAGUACCACAGAUACCAAUGAAAAAGCCAAGAGGAUCAGGAAUUUCAAAACCAAAAGAUUUCAGGAAAAGGAGCAGCUUACACCUGAAGACAGACUCCUGCUGAAGGAAGUCGGUCCGACGGGGGCAGGAAGAAUCUCUGUGAUUGAACAAUUGCUGGAUGAAGAAGGCAGCCGGACGCUGUCGGGUGCAGGGUUUUGUGGCGAGUUUGUCCUUUUCCGUGUGCUGCAGGGAGCAGACCCCAACUGCAGUGACAGCGAAGGCCGCCCCGUUCUCACCGUGGCUGUGGUGAAUAAGCGCCACGAGGCGAUUCCGGUUCUCGUGCAGAGAGGAGCAGACGUGGACCGGCAGCCCGGAGCGCUCAGAAAUACAGCUCUUCAUGAAGCAACUCUGCUUGGCCUGCCAGGAAGGGAGAGCAUCGCCACUUUACUGGGAUGCAAUGCAAGCAUCCAAAAGAAGAAUACAAGAGGCCACACAGCAUAUGACCUGGCUCUGAAAAGUGGGGAUGAUCUCAUCUGCUCGCUCUUUGCUGCUAAGUUUGGGCCAGGGCUCAAGGACCAGCUCACCCAACCCAGGAACCUCAGCCUGGAGAAUUGCUAGACCCAGCGCCUCCGUGGGGCUUCAUUUAAAGAAACCAUAGAGCUCUGGCUGGCUGUUCAUUUCUUUCUGAAAUGUAUAUGUGAGGUUAGGAAUUGAGAUUGAGAGGAACUCAUAAGAUUCUUUUCUUUUCCUUAAGUGAUAUGACAUUAUAAGCCACUAAUACCACAUAGGCAGCUCUCAGUGUACCAUUGAUUGUGAUGAAAUUAGUGUGUGUUUAUUAAUGGUUUAUUGCUGCUUUUGGGGGAGUAGUUUGGCUUUUGAUUUUUAUUUUUCAGUAGAUAAUAAUUGUGCAUGAUUGAAAGCUAGAAGGUAUAAAAUAUUACGUAGUGAAGUGUCCCUCCCUCCCUGUCUCACAGCCACCACUUCCCUUCUCUGAGGCACCAGUGACACCAAUGUUAACUGUGUCUUUCCAGGGGUAGCACAGGAUUAGGUAAGCACAUACAUAGGAUGUAUGUCCAUGUACAUACAGGGUAUACAUAAAAUAUAAAUAUAUAGAACAUAUAUAUAUACUUUCCCUCUUUUAACACAAACACUAGCAAACCACACACUGUUCUGCAUCAUGUUAUCUUUGCUUAAUACAUCUUGUAGGUGGCUCCAAAUUAGUAUGUAAAGAUUGAGCUUAUU